GUGAUCGCCACAAUUACCACAUCUACCUGCCACCUCCAACGCGCGACACCACUGCGCUCGUAUAUCGUGCGCCACACGCUGCCCACAACGCUACGAAGCCGAAUGCACCGUGCAAUGUCAUGCAUAGCUCGUGGCGGUUUGCCGCAACCUCGAUCAACGGCCAUCACCGAGGUGCGGCCAGGUUGUAUGGAGCGGAAAUUCUCGGCGAUGAUUGGCUCGCCGGCGGCGUCAACACCGCCAGUGUCAUAAUUGUGAAGCGCGACGAUGGACGCCAUCGAGUUGGACGACCUCGCGUUCUACGAUACGACCGACCUCUGCGACGUCGAGGACCUUCUAUUUCUGCCGCUCUCGAAUGACGCGCCGAUUAAGCCCAAGAAGCGCAUUCGGAAGCGCCACGCAGACGAGAUGCGCUACCUGCAGGCGACGGUCGCGGAGCUCACCUCGCAGCUCUCGGUGCUCGAAACCAAGAAGUUCGACCUCGUCGCCGGCUCCAAGUGGGAGCACAUCGCGCGGCGUCAGGCCGAGGAAGCUCAAGUCGCAAUCCAGAAGAACCAACGGCUCAAGGAGGCGCUGGAAGAGCAGCUCCAUUUGGCCCAAAGCCUGCAAAAGAUAUUUGCCAAGAAAACAAAGGUCGAGGCGCUCUGCGACGAUGUCUACGUGCCGUGUCAGCUCAGCAUGGACCCAAUCGCGCGGGCUGCGAGCAUGCGGGCGCUCCUGAAUGCGCAGUACGCCAAGCUCGAGUCGGCGUUCGUGCAAUACGGCAUGGUCGACGUGGCAGUGCCAUAUCGGAAAACAGAAAUCAUAAACGAAGACGCUUUCAACCGCCUGCUUCUUACGCACGUGGGCGCGAUGGUCGCCCCACGCCCCGUUGCCGCCACCGCCGCGUCGAUCUGGGAUUUCUUACAGCUCGAGACGCCUGUGGUCAUGCCCAGCUUUAUGAUGAAGCGACUCGAGCGCGUCGAUGAGGACGUGAUUUACAUGCAAUUUGUCGCAUUUUGCCCCGGUAUACCCGACAUGCGCACCAACUAUUGCAUCGGGCGGUACGCGGACGGUGACCGCGUCUCGAUCGUGAUGCGAACGAUCGGGAACGACGCGCCGAGCACCCACGCCAUUUCGACGGGCGACUCGAGCCAGUGAUGCAUAGGAUGACAAUGGAGCCGGCGGAACGAGGCGCGUCGACACUCAUUCGGUUGGCCGAGUACAUUCAAUUCCCGUACAAGCACCGGCAUGCCCCGGGGGAAGGCGACAACUGCAGCAGCAGUGACGAGAGCGAUGCGCCGGACCAGAGUCUCUCGCAGUAUGUUUUGCAGAUCUUUACUCGCAACCAAGAAGCGCUCGAGGCGUUGACGUUCGCGACGCUGUUCCCCGGGUGCGAACCCCCCGCCAUGGGUUAAUGGACCGAAGAGUGUAAUGUACUACAGUAUCUAUUGCA